ACCCAAAGGAGAAGCGCGCGAAGGUAGUGAAGGGAUCAUUUCUUGUUGUUCCGCGGCGAAUACCGCCAUGACUGCUGCAACAGCAAGCAUCAAUUCAAACCUCACCCCUCCAUCGUCUUCUUCGUAUCCCGAUGAUUUGUUUUCUCAAUUCGCCUUUCGAGGUAGUUCUCGUUCCAGAUGCCCCUCCAAAUCAUCUCAACAAAACCCUACGUCCCAGGAUUUUACCCAAAACACGACGAUUCUCAUACCCCAACACUCUCCAAUUGCAACUCGUGAGGAUCUCCAAGCUUCAGAACCCAAGAAUCAUCAGAACAAAUCCUUAUCCCGCGAGAUUCCGAUUUGCCCUUUUCAGGAGAUUCCGAUAUCAUCCCCAUCUUCUGAUGUGUACGAGCCUCCUAUAUUAACACUAGAGGAUCUUCAGAAUGCAAAACCAGCCCUUCAACCGCCAAAAAAGCCUCCACUAGCUCGUAGGAUCUUAAAUUUUUACCGAGAGUUCGGAUUUGAUCAAAAAAUAGCGCAACCAACUUCGCAUUCUGUCCUAAAUUCAGAACCAGUUCAAGAAGGGGCCCGUAUGGCUUCGCGUUAUUUCCAAAACUCAAAAUCAACCCAACAAGGAGAACGAUUUGUCUCACGAUACUUUCAGAAAUCGGUGAAGAAACGAGUAGCACAUAAUGAGGAUGAGGAUGAGGAUGUCAAUCUCACAGAGCAGCCAAGUAAAAGAUCAAGCAAAAGGAGGAGGAAAGACGUAGACCCCAGCUCCGAUAACUCAAAAACAAAUCAACAUUCAAUGGGAAAAGCUUCACGCUCUAUUCAGAAGUCAGGAACAGAUAAACGAGUGCGGAUUGUUUCGCGCUAUUUCCAAAAUUCAGAAAAGAAUAUUGAAGUGGAUCGAGAGGCUACGAAGCAGAUAAAUCAGCGUGCCAAAUCUGGGAAAAGGGUCCGUAAACCAGUCAAUGAAAGGAAACAAAGGGAUAAAACAAGUUCUUCGAAACCUCGGACAACUCUUACUGCUGCAGAGUUGUCUUUGGAAGCUUAUAGAAGGAAAUCGUCAGACGAUACAUGGAAGCCUCCUCCCUCUGGAAUUCGCCUUCUCCAACAGGAUCAUGCGUACGACCCUUGGCGGGUUCUAGUCAUAUGUAUGCUCCUUAACCGGACAUCUGGGCAACAGGCAAAAGAAGUGAUACCUAAACUCUUUAAGUUGUGUCCCAAUCCAAAGGCUACUUUGGACGUAUCACAAGAGCAGAUAGAAGAUAUCAUUCGACCUCUUGGUUUACAAAGAAAAAGAUCACGAACAAUGCAACUUUUAUCUGAGAUGUAUUUAAAAGAAACUUGGAGCCAUGUCACCCAGCUUCCUGGUGUUGGCAAGUAUGGAGCUGAUGCACAUGCGAUAUUCUGCACCGGAUAUUGGAAUGAAGUAGAUCCUAAAGAUCACAUGCUUAAUUAUUACUGGGAGUUUCUCCACAGCAUCAGACACCUGCUCUGAUCUUUUGUGACCGUAGAUGGUUUCGUUCGUACGGGAGCGGAAGUUGUGAAUUUCAGGGAGUACUUCCCCGUCCUACAUAUAUUUUGGAACGUUCUGACAGUAAGAAAUUCUUUUGGGCUAUCGGUUUUGUAAAUGUUGUUUUAUUUUGUUGGGUUGGGACUUGGGAGGUUGGUUGGGAACUAUUUAAACUUGUAUCGAUAACAUAUAUACUAGGAAGGGAAGAAAUGGAAAUUCUCCUCCAAUAGCUAGUUAGGUUAAGACUGUAGCUGAAGCUGUGUACUGUUCGUGGGGGAGCAGCAGGGGAUUAUGUUACGUCUUGGCUAAUCACCAUGGGUAAGCUUACCCUUGACUAAGUAUUUUGUAACAUGACUAUAUGGCUGUAACCUCACUUUUUAAUCAACCAGUUUAUGCAUAUGAUGCACGUGGUUCGAAGUUCAA